CGACCAUGGGUUGACAUGGCCACCAUCAAGCCCAUCGAGGGCCGCUCAGUCCACCAGAUCCAGUCGGGACAGGUCAUCGUCGACCUGAUCUCGGUCUGCAAAGAGCUGGUUGAGAACAGCAUCGAUGCAGGCGCCACCUCCAUUGAGAUUCGCUUCAAAAACAAUGGCCUUGAUGCCAUUGAAGUGCAGGACAACGGGUGCGGCAUUUCCCCGGACGACUACGAGACGAUCGCCCUCAAGCACUACACGUCGAAGCUCUCCACCUACGAUGAUCUCUCAUCGCUCCAGACAUUCGGCUUCCGCGGCGAAGCACUAUCCUCACUGUGCGCUCUCUCCAAAUUUCACAUCAUCACUGCUCGAGCUUCAGACGGGGCUAAAGGCACAAAGCUGGAGUUCGAGCAGUCAGGCAAGCUGAAGGGCACGUCGGUGGUGGCGGCUAAGCAGGGCACAACCGUAGUGGUUGAGACACUGUUCCACAACUUGCCAGUGAGGCGGAAAGAGCUAGAGAAGAACGUCAAACGGGAAUACAGCAAGGUGCUUGAGCUGCUUCAAGCCUAUGCUUGCAUUCGCACCGGCGUCAAAUUCAACAUCAGCAAUCAGGUGGCAAAAGGGAAGAGGACAGUGGCCUUCUCAACCAAUGCGAAUCCGAACACCAAGGAGAAUCUUGCCAAUGUCUUUGGUGCAAAGGCGCUCCUUGCCCUCAUCCCACUCAAUCUGCAAUUCGAGAUGGAUUCCUCACGUCGUCCGGGUGAGACUCAGAGUGCGCGUAAUUGGAGUACCCAGAAAGAUGGAUCCCACGCCGUGAAGAUCCUUGGCCACAUUUCGCGGCCUGUAGUUGGCGAGGGCCGUGGCCUCCCAGAUCGGCAAAUGUUCUUCGUUAACUCACGCCCGUGUCACCUACCGCAAGUCAGGAAAGCCUUCAACGAGGUGUACAAGUCCUACAACAUGUCGCAGUCGCCUUUCGUCUUUGCAGACAUACAGCUGGACACCAAUGCCUACGAUGUGAACGUCAGUCCAGACAAAAGGACAAUCAUGCUUCACGACCAGGCGGCGUUGUUGGAGAGCCUGAGGGAUGCCUUGGCCGAGCUCUUCGAAGGCCAUGAUCAGAGUGUGCCUCAAGCCCAACUCUUGGGGAAGCGAACACCGUCCAACCCUACUUUCAAACCGCCUAUCAUGCAACGACCAAGCACCACAGUACCCGACGGCCCAUUCGAUCUCGAUCCUGUUCUAGAGCCACGCAAGCUAUCGUCUGCAUAUGUUGAACGAUCAAGUUCCUCCGCCCCAGCAGACGAGUUGCCCCGGCCUGGAUUCAUGAAAGCAAGCCUCAUCGAAAGAUUCGCUGAGAGAGAUUUUGAGGAAAGUAUCGAUCGUACUUCAAUCACUACAAGGGAGAGCCUUCUUUCGGGGCAGAAUAAGGUUGCUGAGGCGAGAAGAGAGCACCGUACUUCCCAUCAAAGAGGCAAUUCUACAUCACUGGAGAACGCUCCUGUCCAGAACAUCCAGCGGGAGGAUUCUCCACUGUUCGAACCGGAGGGCGCAAGUCCAACGUCAGUUCCAGAAACUGGCGGAAGAUCCAAAGUAUUGGAAGACUUUAAUACGCGUCUAGCCGUACACCAUGCACACCCUCCAGCGGAGCCCUUGCCCUUGCCUAUGGAUCCAGAAACGACCCAAGAAGUCGGAGAGACAGGAGACAGUAUUCCUGCAAUCAUACAAACUCCACAACGACUUACCCAAAGCACUAUACAGAAUGCUUUCGACCGCAUGCGUCCCAUACGGACACCCGCACAACAAGCUACUAUAAGAAUCGGUGAUGUGACCACUGUCUCUACGGUCGGCAAUGAGUCGCGGGCAUCAAGAAGGGCACGAGUGCAUACCCCCAAGUUCUCUCUCAGCGGUACCCCUCUGACGCAAACGCCAAAGCGACCAAUUUUCUUGAAGGGUCUGCGUGGUUUCGCCGCUCCUGGUACGCAGCUGGAGGAGAGCGACGAAGAGGAUGAAGAGGACCAUGACAGCAGUUUGCCUAGUGCACCCGGUCGAGCACCAUCCCCUCAGAAGAAGGGCAUUCACCAUGAGUCUGAGCCUCCCCGGACAGACGAGAUCGACGCGUCAUCAAGCGCCCCGCCCGGUAACGUCCCCACCGAAGAAGAUAGCGACAACGAGCAUGCGGAGGCCAAACCCGAGGCUGAGGCCAAUGACGAGUCUGACGAUGAAUACGUUGAUGAAUCCGAGAAAAAAGCUUACGAAGAAGCAAAGAUUGCUCAGAUGAUUGCCGAAGCAGAAGAGGCGGCAGCAAGACCUACCGAAGAGAACUUGAAGCGGGCUACCAGACUAUUCAAGAUAUCCCAGAAGAAAUACUCUACAACUAAUCUUGAGCGUAUCAUUAACAUCAACAUACCCUCUCUUACCGCUUACAUUCGCCACCUUGACGCUGCCCUGCAGGAUGCCGAGAAGUUUCAGUCCAAAGCCAAACUCUCCACCAACACUCAGCUGAAUAACGAAGAUCCAGAAGAGCGCCUCUCGUUGACAGUCACAAAGUCCGAUUUUUAUAACAUGAUCAUAAUAGGUCAAUUUAACCUAGGCUUCAUCCUCGCCGUUCGUCCACCAACACGGACAUCCCCAACCUCCGACCUCUUCAUCAUCGACCAGCACGCCUCAGACGAAAAAUACAACUUUGAGCGCUUCGCCGCAACCACCGUUCUUGUUUCACAACGCCUCGUUCAUCCUCAUCCCCUCGAGCUCACCGCCGUAGAACAAGAGCUCAUCCUCGCCAACGCACCCUCCCUCACCGCCAACGGCUUCAUCGUAGAGCAGGACUCCUCCGCCGACCCAGACACCCUCAACCGCUUCAAACUCACAUCCCUCCCUAUGAGCAAAGAAGUAACAUUCACACCAAACGACCUCUCCGAGCUCCUCGCCCUCAUCAUGGACAAUCCUCCAUCCUCUUCCCUUUCCACAUCUCAACACAUCCCGCGUCCGUCCAAGAUCCGGAAGCUGCUCGCCAGCAGAGCGUGUCGGGGGAGUGUUAUGAUCGGCAAAACGCUGCGGAAGAGCAAGAUGGAGGAUAUCGUGAGACACAUGGGGAGUAUGGAUAAGCCGUGGAGCUGUCCACAUGGGAGGCCGACUAUGCGGCAUCUUUAUGGAUUGGAGAAGUGGG